AUGCUAUCCUCCCUCUCCUCCAGCAUCACAAAUGCUCGGCAAUCAAUUGCACAAGUGUUGAACUUUGCGCUCGUUCUUUCCACGGCUUUUAUGCUGUGGAAAGGCCUCUCGGUCGUGUCCGCAUCAAGCUCUCCAAUAGUGGUGGUUUUAUCUGGAUCAAUGGAGCCCGCAUUUCAGCGUGGUGAUCUGCUCUUUCUCUGGAAUCGAGACACGAGGACGGAGAUCGGAGAAGUUCUCGUUUAUAAUGUUCGAGGAAAGUCUAUUCCGAUUGUCCACAGGGUUGUCCGCACUUUCCCUGAGGUAGAAGGACGUGCGAGCGCAAAGAAGGUGAAGGAAAUUACAGUGGACACAACACCUAACUCGCAUAUGCUCCUCACCAAGGGUGACAACAAUUUGGCAGACGAUACUGAGCUGUACGCUCAAGGUAAGCGAUACGAAAGCUUGAAGAGAGGGCACUUCCGAAGGUUACUGACAAGAUUAGACCAGGAUUAUCUCGACCGGGCGGAGGAUAUUGUUGGCAGCGUCCGUGGCUACAUACCUAUGGUUGGAUACGUUACUAUCAUGCUCAGCGAGCACCCCUGGCUCAAGACAGUGAUGCUUGGACUCAUGGGACUGAUGGUGAUGAUUCAGAGAGAGUAA